AUGCCCCCCCAAACCCCUCAAUCGGCCACCACGGUCUACCUCGACCAACCGCCCAGUUGUCUCCAGACCUGUCCCGCAUCCCCCAACCACAUCGUCAUAGGCACAUACCUGCUCACGGAGACGAAAGAUGAAGCCAACGACACCGUCCACCAGACGAAGACAGGCAGUCUGCAGCUAUGGCAGGUGACCCCGGAGACGAAUACUUUAACCCGCAUCCAAACUCUCCCCCUGCCACAUGCAGUCUUCGACCUCCACUUCCACCCGACAGAUCCCACGCUGCUGGCCAUCGCCACCAGCUCGGCAUCGGUAUCGCUGUUCCGAGUCGCCCUGUCCUCGGGAGCAGAACCCGAGAUCCGCCCGCUGUGGACGAAAGCCGUGCACGAGGACCCGAGCAUCCCGGCACUAUUCCUGGCCUGGACGCCUGCGUCGUGGCUGACUGGCGAGCGCGCGGACGGGGUCGCGGUCACGUUCUCGGAUGGGCGGACG